UACUCUCCUGUUGCCUUCAAAGCAGCGGCCUAUUUCCGCCAUUUCCUGAAAUAUCUCUUGAUUUUUAAUCUCAAUAUCAAUAAAUACAAUACCAAAGCACAUCGACAUGAAAAAGGGAGCAGCAAAGGGUGCAAAGACGGAAAAAAAGACUGGUGUUACACCAUCCAAUGCAGCUAUCAAGUCAACUAGCAAAACUGCUGCCACUAAAACCAAGAGAAAGGAAGAGGAUGACAUGACACAGAUUGGUGACGACAUGGAUGAGUGGAUGCAGCAACAACAGCAUCAUUCUAGAUCCAAUAGUCCUAUACACCAUACUGCAGCUCUGCCGUCCGCGAGUGCUCCGAAACAACUCAUCAAGCCUGAUGACCAGCUGGAGCUCUCUGAAGCUGAACUAAAAGAGGAAUUUACUCGGAUACUAACAGCAAAUAACCCCCAUGCCCCCAGCAAUAUAGUCCGCUACAGUUUCAAGGAGCGAUGUUACAAACAGACCUCAAGUGUAGAUCAGCUGGCAAUUCAUUUUGCCCUUGAUGGGAAUAUGCUACACAAAGACUCAGAUGAGGCCAGGAGGCAGAGGACAAGGCAGGGGCUUGUUGACGCCGAGACCAGUGAAGCUGGGGAGGAAGAUGCUGAUAAGGAGAAUAAACCAGAGGAGGAAAAGGAGAAAACAGAUGAGGAAAAGCCAAGAUCAGAGUCUAUCAUCGGUACUGGGAGCAGCAAGAAAGAGCAGAAGCUAACCAACCAGUUCAACUUCAGUGAGAGGGCCUCACAGACGUACAAUAAUCCUUACAGAGAACGUGGUACUGCGACUGAACCCCCGCCACGAGCAAACUUCUCCGCCUCUGCCAACCAGUGGGAGAUCUAUGAUGCAUACGUCGAGGAUCUUGAACGACAGGAAAAGAUCAAAGAGAAAGAAUCUCGCAAGACGCAAACACUGAAGAAAGAGGAGGACAAGAAAAAGAAACUCACGCAAGUGGAGAUGCAGGGUGAUGAUAUCACGAGGAUUUCAAAGCCGGCGCAGAUAGUUGAGCGAAUGGUGAAUCAGAACACAUAUGACGACAUAGCACAGGACUUUAAGUACUGGGAAGACCCGUCCGAUGAGUUUCGUGAACCUGACGGCACGCUACUUCCACUGUGGAAAUUCUCCUGGGAAAAAUCCAAGAGGCUUGCCGUCACCUCGCUCUGCUGGAACCCAAUAUAUAACGAUUUGUUUUCCGUGGCGCAUGGUUCAUACGACUUCCUAAAACAAGAUGGUGGCGGCGCCAUGAGUUUCUUUAGUUUGAAGAACCCUUCAUACCCCGAGUAUGGCAUCAAGACCGAAAGUGGCGUUAUGUGCUUGGACAUCCACCCGGAACACCCUCACAUGCUUGCUGCUGGCUUUUAUGAUGGCAGCGUGGCAGUGUAUAGCAUAAGCGAGAAGAUGAACAAGCCUCUGCACCAGUCCACUGCAAAGACUGGCAAACACACGGACCCUGUUUGGCAGGUGAAAUGGCAAAAAGACGAUCUGGACAAUAACCUGAACUUCUUUUCUGUGUCCUCUGAUGGCCGAGUUGUUCAGUGGACCAUCGUUAAGAGCGAGCUGUCACACACGGAUAUCAUCAACCUGGAACUCCCGGAGAAAAGCGAGGGGCCUGAGGGUACACAGAUCAAAAGCCUUGGCUGCGGCACAUCUUUCGACUUUCACAAGACCAUCAAUUACUUAUUUCUUGUUGGUACGGAGGAGGGAAAGAUCCACAAGUGCUCCAAAACCUACACCAGCACAUACCUCGAUACCUUUGACGCGCAUCACAUGUCCGUGUAUUCAGUCAGGUGGAAUCCGUUUCACCCGAAGACCUUCAUCUCCUGCAGCGCAGACUGGACAGUCAAGAUAUGGGACCACACGCAUCUAGAGCCGAUGUUCACGUUUGAUCUAAACAGCUCUGUCGGGGACGUUCAAUGGGCUCCUUAUGCGUCAACUGUAUUCGCAGCUUGCACAGCAGAUGGAAAGAUCCAUGUUUACGACUUGAAUGUGAAUAAAUACGAGCCGCUCUGCGAGCAAUCAGUGGUAGCGAAGAAAAAAUCUAAACUGACGCAUCUCGCGUUCAACCCCGAUCAUCCUAUACUCAUUGUCGGUGAUAGCAGGGGUUACGUCAACUCUCUCAAAGUGUCUCCGAAUCUGCGCAAGGCCACACAGCCGAAGGAGAAGGCAAAAGGCGUUGAGAAUGAAGUCGCCAAGAUGGACAAGCUCUUGAGCCUUGUGCGGGAACCCCCAGAGAAGAAAUAAACCGCGAUUAACUCAUCUAAGCAAUCAUACUCAUAAGAUGUAAAUAGCGGGUGGACCACACAAACCAAUGGUCUUAAGUUUUCAUAGCAACAGUUGCCCCUAAGGCCACUGACCUGUGGUCUCUGAGGGCUCCAUAUUUUGGGGUAUUACCAAGAGUUAUUUGGACAUAUGUACAGUUAGUGUUUUUGACAAAUAAAAUUCAAGGCUUGAUCGUGCCCUCGCAAGGAUGUAUUUGCAAAUAAACAGAAUGUUGACAUAA